ACUUUUCAGAGAUGACAAGGAAAAGGAAAAAACACUAAGCGUUGGAUACUUUCAGCUGUUUCGAUUUGCCACCUGGAGAGACAAACUGAUGAUGGUGGUGGGAAGCCUGUGUGCCCUGAUCCAUGGCUCAGCUUCGCCCCUCAUGCUCCUGGUGUACGGCAUGAUGACCAACACUUUUGUGGCUUAUGAGUUGGAAGUCCAAGAGCUCAAAGACCCUAACAAGGAGUGCAUAAACACCACCAUUCAUUGGACCAAUGGCUCCAUUUAUGAAACAACUGAAAAUACCACGGUUUCUUGUGGGGUGAAUAUCGAAGCACAGAUGACCAUGUUUGCAUAUUAUUACAUUGGCAUCGGGUUAGGUGUUCUGAUUGUUAGUUACUUUCAGAUUGUCUUCUGGGUGUCAGCAGCUGCAAGACAAACUCACAAAAUCAGAAAAACUUAUUUCAGGAAAGUUAUGCAAAUGGAAAUCGGAUGGUUUGACUGCAACUCUGUCGGGGAACUGAACACAAGGAUUUCUGAUGAUAUCAACAAGAUCAACAAUGCCAUUGCCGAUCAGGUGUCCAUUUUCAUCGAAAGGAUCUCAACAUUUGUGUUUGGCUUCAUGGUUGGAUUCAUUGGCGGGUGGAAGCUGACUUUGGUUGUCAUAGCAGUCAGCCCUCUGAUUGGCAUAGCUGCUGGACUCAUGGCCAUGGCUGUGGCCAGACUAACCGGAAGAGAGCUGACGGCCUACGCAAAGGCAGGAGCAGUGGCAGACGAGGUCCUGUCAUCCAUCAGGACGGUUGCAGCGUUUGGAGGGGAGGAAAAGGAAGCUGAAAGGUAUGACAGAAACCUCAUUGAAGCUCAGAACUGGGGUGUAAAAAAAGGCUCAAUUAUAGGAGUGUUUCAAGGAUACCUGUGGUGCAUCAUCUUCCUGUGCUAUGCCUUGGCCUUUUGGUACGGGUCUAAACUAGUCAUUGACACCAAGGAACUGAGUCCAGGGAGCCUAAUUCAGGUUUUCUUUGGAGUGCUGAUGGCAGCUAUGAACCUUGGCCAGGCCUCACCAUGUCUGGAGGCCUUUGCUUCUGGCCGGGCAGCAGCAAAAAAUAUUUUUGAAACAAUUGAUCGGGAACCAGAAAUUAAUUGUUUCUCAGACGAUGGACAUAAAUUAGACAAAGUCAAGGGUGACCUGGAGUUCCACAACAUCACCUUCUUCUAUCCAUCUCGACCUGACGUUAAGAUUUUAGAUAACCUGAGUAUGCAGAUUAAGGCGGGAGAAACGACUGCUUUUGUUGGACCGAGUGGAUCUGGAAAGAGCACCACAAUUCAACUCAUUCAAAGAUUUUAUGAUCCACAGGAAGGAAUGGUGUCUUUGGAUGGCCAUGAUAUUCGCACAUUAAACAUCCAGUGGCUCCGUUCUCUCAUUGGUAUUGUGGAGCAGGAACCAGUGCUGUUUGCCACAACUAUUGCUGAAAAUAUACGCUAUGGCCGGCCUGGAGUAACCACGGAAGAAAUCAUCCAAGCAGCAAAAGAGGCCAAUGCUUACAACUUUAUUAUGGCUCUCCCACAGAAGUUUGACACACUAGUGGGUGAAGGUGGAGGCCAGAUGAGUGGAGGACAGAAGCAGAGGAUUGCAAUAGCUCGAGCUCUCAUCAGAAACCCUAGGAUCCUGCUGCUGGACAUGGCCACAUCAGCCCUUGAUAAUGAGAGUGAAGCUGUAGUCCAAGAAGCUCUAGAUAAUGUACGUGCAGGAAGGACAACCAUCUCCAUCGCCCACCGUCUGUCCACAAUCAGAAAUGCAGAUGUGAUUGUUGGAUUUGAACACGGACGUGCUGUGGAGAGAGGAACGCACAGCGAGUUACUAGAAAAGCAAGGCGUCUACUUCACUCUUGUGACCCUGCAGAACCAAGGUUCAGCCAACACAGCUAAUGAAGUCAGUACUGAGCCAAAUGAGGAUGAAUUUGAUCUAAAAGUGGGGAAUUCUAGACAUGGAAGUUGUAGAUCUGCCAAAAGCAGGAGGUCUGUACGCCUGCGAUCUCGGAGCCAACUGUCAAGUGACUUUGUCCCAGACGCAUUGUCCGGAAGCUUCAUGAUCCCUUCGGAUCUCCAGAUAACAUCUAAAGAUGUGACUGAGGAUGACCCUGAAGAAAACGAAGAGUCAGCUCCAGUUGCACGCAUCCUGAAGUACAACCAACCAGAAUGGCCGUACAUGCUGUUGGGAUCACUGGGAGCUGCAGUCAAUGGCUCAGUCAACCCCGUCUAUGCGGUCCUGUUCAGCCAGAUUCUCGGGACUUUUGCCAUUCAGGAUUUAAAUCAGCAGCGGAAAGAGAUCAACGGGAUCUGCAUUCUGUUUUGCAUUGUGGCUGUGAUCAGUUUCUUUUCACAGUUUCUGCAGGGAUAUGCUUUUGCUAAGUCUGGAGAGCUGCUGACCCGCCGUCUGAGAAAAGUGGGCUUCCAGGCCAUGCUGCGUCAGGAAAUUGGCUGGUUUGAUGAUCCCAGGAACAGUCCUGGGGCUUUGACUACGAGACUGGCCACAGAUGCAUCCAUGGUGCAAGGGGCAACAGGUUCCCAGAUUGGCAUGAUCGUGAACUCACUGACCAACAUUGGAGCCUCGUUCAUCAUUGCCUUCUACUUCAGUUGGAAGUUAACAUUAGUUAUCAUGUGCUUCCUGCCUCUUAUUGGACUGUCUGGUAUGUUCCAAGCCAAAAUGCUGACAGGAUUUGCAAACGAAGACAAAAAAUCUAUGGAAGCGGCAGGUCAGGUAUCCAGUGAGGCUCUUGGAAACAUCAGAACCAUUGCCGGUUUAGCCAAAGAGCGCUCAUUUGUGGAGUCGUAUGAGCAAAAACUGGAGCUGCCUUAUAAGUCUGCCAAGAAGAGAGCCAACAUCUAUGGCCUAUGUUUCGGUUUUGCACAGUGUGUCAUCUUCAUGGCAUAUGCUGCUUCUUUUAGAUAUGGAGGUUACCUGGUCAGAGUUGAAGGGUUACCCUACAUGCUGGUGUUUAGAGUGAUUUCAGCCAUUGUGAUCAGUGGGACAGCACUGGGUAGAGCUUCCUCCUUCACUCCAGAUUACGCCAAAGCCAAAAUUGCUGCUGCUCAGUUCUUUCGACUGUUGGACAGGGUUCCUAAAAUCAGUAUCAACCACACAGAUGGAAAAAAAUGGGAGAUGUUCAAAGGAAAAAUUGAGUUUCUUAAUUGCAAGUUUACCUAUCCGACAAGACCAGACAUUCAAGUGCUGAGUGGCCUGGUUGUUUCGGUGAAGCCUGGGCAGACUUUGGCUUUUGUUGGGAGCAGCGGCUGUGGGAAAAGCACCAGCGUCCAGUUACUGGAAAGGUUUUACGACCCAGAUGAGGGACAGGUGUUAAUUGAUGGUCACCCAUCCCAUACCGUCAAUGUUCCCUUCCUGAGGUCUCAGAUUGGCAUAGUGUCACAGGAACCAGUUUUAUUUGACUGCAGCAUAGCAGAGAACAUCCAAUAUGGAGAUAACACUCGGACUGUUGCCAUGGAGGAGGUUGUGGAGGCUGCCAAGAAGGCCCAUCUUCAUGACUUUGUGAUGGGUCUACCAAAUAAAUAUGAGACUCAGGUUGGUGCCCAGGGUUCACAGUUGUCAAGGGGACAGAAGCAACGCAUUGCUAUCGCCAGAGCCAUUGUCCGAAACCCCAAAAUUCUGCUGCUAGAUGAGGCGACUUCUGCUCUGGACACAGAGAGUGAACAGACUGUUCAGUCUGCGCUGGAUGAAGCAAGAAAAGGACGGACCUGCAUUGUCAUUGCUCACCGGCUCUCCACCAUCCAGAAUGCAGACAUCAUAGCGGUAAUGUCCCAAGGAGUGGUCAUCGAACAAGGCACGCAUGAUAAACUCAUGGCUAAGAAGGGAGCAUAUUACAAACUGGUCACAACAGGAGCUCCGAUCAGCUAAUCACUUGGAGCAACAAACAGUAUUAAGAAUCUUUGAUAAAAUAAAUCAGUACAUCACCAUGAAUUCAAUGGUGCUGUGGUGAAUGCAUGUUUAAAACCAGAAGGUAAUAAUUUGAAAUUGAGUUUUUUUGUGUGUCUAAAAAAUGUAUAUUUAUACACUUUCAUAUCAUUAAAA